CUACUUUCCAAUACUCACUCAACUCUCGAUUGUUUUCUAGUUAAAUCGAGUAUACUAAUGUAAUGACUGAAUCACUCCGUUACCAAGAAUCAAAAACUGGGUUGUCAAAAUAGAAUUAAACUAAAAUAAUUGCAAAUCAUUAUAAAUUUCGUUAGUUUUGAUUGAAAGUGAUAUUUUUUUCGGGUUGCGUCUCAUUUAUAUAGCAAAGUGUAUCACUAUUUUUUUUGGAAAAUUUUAUUCUGACAGCAAGUUAUGUAGGCAUGAGUAUGUGACAAGGGUGGCACAGAUUGUUGGUUGUGGGAAUCUAUUAUAAUUCACUAAACAAAUCAGUAUUUUGUCAAUUAUGUCCAGAGUACCUAAUCACGGAACAAUUUAGAACUUUCUAUAAUCAGCUAAUAGAAAUUUUGCAGUGGGAUAAUUGUUGUUUUGUGACGAAAUUCAAAUAAUUUGUUAAAAUGUCAACUCCAGCAAGACGACGGCUCAUGAGAGAUUUUAAAAGAUUGCAGGAAGAUCCUCCAACUGGAGUGUCGGGAGCACCAACAGAUAAUAAUAUAAUGAUAUGGAAUGCUGUAAUUUUUGGACCUCAUGACACACCUUUCGAGGAUGGUACAUUUAAAUUGACUGUAGAAUUCACAGAGGAAUACCCAAAUAAACCACCAAUAGUUCGAUUUGUAUCAAAAAUGUUCCACCCUAAUGUCUAUGCAGAUGGUGGUAUAUGUUUAGAUAUCUUGCAAAAUAGGUGGAGUCCAACAUAUGAUGUAUCUGCGAUCUUAACAUCCAUACAAUCGUUACUCAGUGAUCCUAAUCCUAAUUCGCCUGCCAACUCCAUGGCAGCACAACUUUACAAAGAAAAUCGAAGGGAGUAUGAAAAACGGGUCAAGACGUGCGUGGAACAAAGUUUUAUUGAUUAACAUUAUGUGCACUGUAAUAUGAUGUUAUGGUUAAGUUUAUUUAAGAAGCAUUAUGUGUAUAAUAAAGAACAAGCAAAAUAUAUAUGUGUACCAGUUAGAAACAUUGUACUUUAAAUCAUUUAUAUUUAUAUAUUAGUAUAUUAUAUUUAU